AUGUUUCCCCUACAGUUUCUGAGCCUGCUAUUCUUUGCCACAAAAGCAGUGGAAGAGGAGGAGAAGUCGAAACGCAAGUAUGACCUCUCCCUUUACAAACGGGGGGACCUGCUGGAGGUGCCCCGGACUCUUUUCACGCAUUUCGGCAUCUAUCUGGGAGACAACAGGGUCGCGCAUCUCAUCCCCGACAUCCUGCCCGCCAUCACCAAGAACCAAGAUGUCAUCAAGGAGAUGGUGACCAACAACCGGCUGGUCCUGGGCGUGCUGGCCAAAAUGGCCAGCGUGAGAGUGGACACCGUGGAGGACUUUGCCUACGGGGCCGAGAUUCUGGUCAACCACAUGGACAAGGCCUGCAGUCGGCCACCAUUUUGUGGCGAAGAGGUGGCAAGGAGGGCCGAGAAGCUGCUGGGGUCCAUAACGUACAGUCUCCUCUGGUACAACUGUGAGCACUAUGUCAUGUACUGCAGAUAUGGCACUUGCAUAAGCUUUCAGACCUACCAGUUCUGUAAAACCGUGAGGAAGAUUGUGUGCUGUAAAAAGAGUGCAUUUCUGACCGCGCUGCUGGGGGUCUGCACCAUGCUCUACCUGGGCGCUGUGACCCCUCUCACCUGGCUGCCCACUCUGCUCGUCUCAUUCACCAUCUGGAUGGCAUCGUAAGCUCGCAUCGCCCCUCUCGGAAAAGAAGAACUCCUAAAAGACUGCUUUCUGCUGUUGUUAUUCUCGUGCUUCUGUGCCCUUGGAUGCAGAAUGCUUGGUGUGGUGUUCUUUUUUUUCCCUUUUUUAAUGUUUUCAGGUAUGCUGGACACAUACCACAUACACAUUUGUGAGAAAAAUUGCAUCCAGUCAAUAACCAAUUCUAUCUAUCACGCUCCAUUACCUGAUGAUAUGUCCCAUACAGUAUCUGAUAUUGGGGGUUGAGGUAAUGAAUGCCCACUGCAGACGAGUAUGUGGCGUUUUAAUGAAAAAGAGAUAAAUUGAAGGUGCUUUCUUGGGCUGAAUCUUGAGCAUAAUUAGAAUCUAUGCUGUAUAUCUUGUAUAAAUCACAGGCUUCAUCCUCUUUUGAAAAACAAGUGUAUUUAAAUGUCAUAUCAAGUCACAGGUGAUAUCUGGUAAAGCUACUGAAUGGUUUUGAAUACACAGCAAAAUGUUCCUGUCAUUGAAAAAUUCCACUGAAUUUCCCGAUGUUG